AUUCUGUCAUUAUGAUUAAUAUUUUCAUUAGCCUAGUAACAGUGCCCGGCGAUUAUCAGCAUUAAGUAUACUGAUAACUUAUACUUUCCCUAUAGACAAAUUUAUACUCAUUCAAUACGUACCUAUCUUUUAACAAUUGAAAUUGUAUUCAAACAUGACAUCCACGGAAACUAAAUCAAUUUCACCGACAAAUUCAUUAAAUCUUGGACAAAAUUUUAAAUAUCAAGUAUUUAGUGAUAAUACUGAAGGUAUUUCUAUUGUUAAUACACCUCAAACAACCACAGAUAAAAAACAUUAUCUAUGGGAACGUGUAAAUCAUAUGAAAACAUCAUUAGUUGAUACAGUACAACGUAAAAUACCGGUACAACGUACUAAUCAAUUAAAUGAUAUAUUUAAACGUUUUCAAUAUAUCUUUUCAAUUAUUGGACCAAUUCUAUUACUUAUUAUGUUUAUACUAGUAAUAGUUUAUUGGAAACGUGAACAGAAUGAAUUAUGGAAAAGUCAAAAUCAGUGCUACACAAAAGAAUGUUUGAUAUCUUCUAGUUCAAUUAUUUCACAUAUGAAUAAAACAAUUUCACCAUGUGAAAAUUUUUUUCAAUUUGCAUGUGGUUCUUAUUAUUCACCAUUUCAUCCAGAUCAAAAUGCUGAACAACCAGCUGUACAAGCUCAUCGUGUUGUUGCAAGCGCUUUUGGUAAAGAUACUAUACAAGAUUAUUUUAAAAAUGGUCGAAGUCGACGAAUGUUAAGAUUUGAUAGGCCAAUGAUUGAACAUUUAACUGAAAUUAAUGUACAUGCAAUAAUUAAUUCAUUACGUAAUAUUUAUACAAAUUCAUAUGGACAAUAUAAUUCAGCUAAAUAUAAAGUUGCACAAUUUUAUGAUUCAUGUUCUUCAACUUCAUUAAGAAAUUGGCUUGGUGCACAUCCAUUAAUGAGAAAAGUAGCACCACUUUUAAAUGGAAUAUGGUUAUUAGAUAGAAAUGCAUCAAAUGUAACUGGUGCUAAUAUAGUUAAUCAAACAUCAAUAUGGCCAAAACGUUUAUUUUGGGAUUCAUAUUUAACUCAACAAUUUUAUAUGGCAAAAAAUUGGUCAUGGAUGGAUUCAAUCAAACAUUUACAAGUUCAACUGAAUGUACCUACAUUUGCUGAUUUUUACAUCUACACAAGUCCAAUUAAUAAACCAAGAUUAUAUUUGUUCCCUGACUCAGGAGCUAUGGGAUAUUUAUCUGAUUAUAAGAUCAAAACAUAUGUGAGUGGUGUACUAGAAGUAUUAGCUAGAGACGCUGGUAUCCCUUAUGGAAAUGAAGAGUACAAAGAACGAAUAAGAAUAUUUACAGAAGAUUUAAAACUAAUAACUAGAGAGUUACAAAAGAUUUAUCGAAGUACAACUCCGUCAAAGUGGUCUCAAAAAUCUAAACUUGGUGAUUUAAAUAUCAAUGGAAAUGCUUACGAUUGGUCAGGCUUAUUAGGUGCUUAUUUUGAUGAGACUUAUGUGGUUUUUGAUUCGGAUUAUUCAAUUUAUACCCGAUAUUUAAAUUAUUUACAAAAAUUUCCAAUACUUAUUAGUACAUUGGAAAGAAAUUUCACAAAAUCUGUAGCUGAUCGAAUCAUGAAUAACUACAUGUUUUGGAAUGUUCUAGAUACGUAUACAUGGCAUUUAUCUUAUGAAUAUUACAUGCUACAUUUAUCAUACAAUUAUGAAACUGAACAUGUUAUGGAUCUAGAAUGUUUCUUUGUAACACAUGAACUAUUUGAUACUGUAUUAGGAGCAAUUUAUGCUGAAAAACAUAUGCAUAAUGAAACAGAAAACGAGGUUAAACAAAUGACAACAUAUUUAAAAACUAGUUUAAAAAAUCAUUUAAAACAAAUUCAAUGGAUGGAUGAACAGACUAGAAUAGAUGUGAAUGAAAGAAUUAACAAAAUGAAAAUUUUAUUCAAAGUUCCGGAAAUUAUGAGAGAUGAUAAGAAAUUAAAUUAUGCCUAUCGAACGCUGAGAACUUCAUAUAAUUACUUAAACAAUCUAUUCUCAGCUAUUCAAUAUAUUCGUGGAGUGUAUAAUCGUUUACUUUCUGGUGUUACGGAAACAAGUGAAGAAAAUUGGAGUUCAAGGGAUGUUAUGGUGUAUGAUUCACACGUAGCUUUAUAUUUACAGUUAGAUGAAGUGUUUAUUCCACCUGGAAUGCUUCAGUUACCAAUAUUUCAUCAUAAUUUACCAGCUGCUUUCAAUUUUGGUGGUUUAGGAUCUUUGAUUGGUACUGCUAUUGGUAUAUUAGUUGGGGAAUAUGGAUCAGUUAUGCUGAAAGGUGGUGAAAUUCAAUCAGUUUGGACAUCUGAAACUACUCGUAAAUAUCAAGAACAAAAGAAAUGCGUUCAAAAUCAAAUUUAUGAUGCAUCAAAAAAUUAUUUUAAUUUUUCCGAUUUUGUUAUGUCAUCAAUGGAUGAUGACAUCAAGAAAGUCACACGUGCAGUUAUUAAUGAAGCAUCUGGAUUAGAUAUUGCUAGAUCUGCAUUCGAAGAUUGGAUUAAUGAUUCCCCUGGUGAAAAAUAUUUACGACAUUUACCUGGUGUUGCAUUUAAUUCCAAACAGUUAUUCUACUUGAUAUAUGCACAAACAUUUUGUCAUGAUAUGGAUUUAUGGGAUGAAUAUUAUCAAAUGAUUGUAAGAACACCUCAACCACCUUAUGAAGUUUUAGUCAAUCAUAUAAUGAAUGAACUACCCGAUUUCUCUGAUACUUUUAAUUGUCCAGUUGGAACACUGAUGAAUCCUGAAAAGCGUUGUCGUGCCGCACUCUAGUGGUAUUUAUCGAUGAAUCUAUUUUCACAUAAAACAAUUAUUGUUCUAUUUUUAAUUCAUACACACAAGGUUUUAUGUUAUAGUAUUAAUUCAAACUGAAAACGAUUUGUAUAUCUACACAUGAUCCAAAUGAAAUGGUGAUUCAAUCUGAUUACUUUAAACUCGAUUCACCAGAAAUCGUUUACAUAAACUUGUGUCAAUGAAAUUUCUAUCUCCUUGUAAUUUAUAAACAUUCGUACUUUCUUUUU